CUCUUGCUCAUAGAACAGUACUUGCUCGUGGCUACUCCAAAGGGCGGCAGUAACGAGCUCCGCCCAGCUGAACGGGUUCGAGCCUCUGCGCCGGCUGUCUCUGCUGCUGGGCUGUGAACAAGUAGCUUUAGGAGCACGUUGUUGUUGGCUGUGUUGAUAAGACCAGUUACUGGCGUGCAAAGGGUUGAGCACUGACCUCCAGUGGAAAUCGGGAUGCAGAAGUCAACUCAGACUUUGCACUUAGGACGCAGUGCCAAGCUCCUGCAAGGCCAGGUUCUAGGCUGGACCCUAGCUUGGGGUAGGGGUUCAAUAAGCGGAAGACCGAUGUGGACUUCCUGGGCUGUGCUUCCUGUGGUACUGGACAGUGGACUAUGACCUAGGACUGUGCAGCCCUCCACCUCCUCUCCUGUCGCCUACUGUCCCUGACAAGCCUACAAUGUUGUCCCCUAGGGCUGUGUUGUUCUUCACCCUGCUCUUGACAACCAGUUCGCUGACCCAAAGGACCCGAAAGCCCUCUGGGUCUACAUCCCCCAUCAGCACCAUCCAGGCCCAGGCCAAUUUCAAUGCUCAGCAGUUUGCAGGGACGUGGCGCCUUGUGGCUGUGGGCUCUCCAUGCCGCUUUCUUCAGGAGCAGGGCCACCGGGCUGAGGCCACCACGUUGCACGCAGCUCCUCAGGGUGCAGCGAUGGCUGUCAGCACCUUCCGAAAGCUAGAUGGGAUCUGUUGGCAGGUGCGCCAUCUCUUUGGAGAUACAGGGGUCCCUGGUCGCUUCUUGCUCCAAGGGGCCCGUGUGCCAGUGCGUGUGGUUGUUGCUGAGACUGACUACCAGAACUUUGCCAUCCUGUAUCUGGAGAAGGCAAGGAAGCUGUCUGUGAAACUAUAUGUCCGUUCAUUGCCCGUGAGUGAUUCUGCCCUGGAUGUGUUUGAGCAGCGAGUCAGGGAAGCCAACCUGACAGAACACCAGAUCUUUUUCUUUCCCAAAUAUGGUGAGUUUUCCCCACCCAGUCACCUCCUGCCUGACACCUGCGCCCCCUUACUACUGCCUGGGCCCCUAGGUUUCUGCGAGACUGCGGACCAGUUCCACAUCCUGAAUGAGGUCCCAAGAUGAGGCCAUCUGGAGGAGAAGCAGUGGACAGUGGACUGGCCUCCGAGAGUUCUGAGCACCCUGAACCUUGGAGUCUCUUCUGUCUGUCCCCAGAAGCAACCCCUUCAUACAUUUCUGUAUGAUAUAUGAACCUGGGGCUUUUCAGUAAACAUCAAACUUGGCCAUGGA